AAUGUGUGGUAAAACAAUUCUUCUUGAAGUGACUCCCUGCGACAAUUUUGUGUUCAAUAAAUCAACAAAUCUGACUGAUACUGCCUAUGUUACUCUGAAAAAUAUAUCUGAGAAACCAGUAUGUUUCAAAGUGAAAACGAGUGUACCAAAUAUGUAUGUCAGUCGACCAAAUCCUGAUUUGCUGAAACCUGGAGAAGCGAGGCAAUUAUCUGUCAAGUUUCGAUCGAGCGACAAAGUUAGCCUGAACGCAAAAUCAUACAAGCUCAAAAUAGAAUCAUGUGAAUUUGAAUCUGAAGAUAUUGAUGAUUUGAAAAGUUUCUGGAGCAGCAUCCCUAAUGAGAAAAUACUUGUCCAUAAGUCACCUAUUAUUCUUGGGACUGGAAGCAGCCCAGAUUUUAGAAAUGAUCAAAUUGCAUCAGAAUCUUCGAGACAAUCAUCUCCUAUUCAAAAUGUUUCUGAUGAUGGCAAAAGUUCACAUCAUUCAACAGCCAAACAAUUACAAGAAAAUAAUGAAAAUUCAAAGAGCUUAAAGUAUACUAAACAACUGGUUGAAGUGCCUUUAGGCGAAAAUCAACAAGCUGAUCAAACUGGAACCACCUGUGAUAAAAAAGACGAGUUUCAAAAAAAAAAUCAAUUGGAAGUUGAGAUAAAAUUUGUGGAUAAAAUUCAUGAGAUCAAGUCCCAAUUAGAAGACAGUUUUGAAUUAAAAUUGAAAGAAAUGGAAAUGAGACUGGAGGAAAAGUUCGAAAAAAGGAUAUCAAGAUUAACACAAUUUAUGGAAACAAUAAGUUUGUCAAAUAGUCCUGGGAACUCUAGACGCGUUUUUGAAUUGGACGAUAAUUUUUCAAUAGUCGCAAAAAAGGAAUUGGAACAAAUGCGACAAGAUUUCGAAAAAGUGCUAGAUGGGCAGAACAAAAUAGCAGAAGAGAAAAUGAAUGAGUUGAGGAAAAGAAGAGAGGAGCUUCAAAGAGAAUCAGACGAAUUGAGAACUAUGGAGGAACAACUUGGCAUAACGGAAAGAAUCUUCUGGGCGAAUUGAUAAGAAAUUACUGUUUUUUUUAUUUACAAAUUUUAAUAAAAUUUAGAACUUU